AUGGUGAAAGAUUGCUUGGACUAUGCUCGAAGAUGCAAGGCUUACGUCAUUGGUUCGUUGUCGAAAUCCUUUGGUGGACACUUGUACAUCUUGGCUGCAACCGACUACUUCUCAAAAUGGGCCGAAGCUGUUGCUCUUAAAGAAGUGAAAAAGGAGAAUGUUGCAAACUUCAUCCGAGUAAAUAUCAUCUACCGCUUCAGCAUUCCUCGUUACAUAAUAACGGACAAUGGCAAGCCAUUUGAUAACAAAUUGAUGAACAAGAUUUGUGAUCUCUUCGGCUUCAAGCAGCGUAAAUCUUCUACGUAUCAUGCUGUCGCCAACGGUCUAGCUGAAGCGUUCAAUAAGACUCUAUGUAACUUAUUGAAGAAGGUUGUCUCCAAGUCUAAACGAGAUUGGCAUGAACGAAUGGAAGAAGCUUUACUUGCUAUUCAACAAGGGCUCACUGAAGAGGAAAAUGCUCGAUUGCGUCUUGCAGAGUUAGAAGCACUUGAUGAGAAAAGGCUGGAGGCUCAACAAAAUCUUGAAUGUUAUCAAGCCCGUAUAUCUCGUGCCUUCAACAAAAAGGUUCACUUGAGGUCCUUUCAAGUGGGAGAUCAAGUCCUUGUAGUAAGAAGAUCCAUCAUUGUUUCCCAUAAGUCUGGGGAAAAUUCACCUCAAAAUGGGAUGGACCAUAUGUCGUACAAGAAGCAUAUUCAAGUGGCGCUUACAAGCUUGUUGAUGCGGAUGGCUUGA